AUGCCACGUUUCACACGUCUCUUGCCGAGGGCCAUAAGAGUGUACAAAGAUAGGAAACCACUCAACCGUAUACGUAUCAUAUGGAAAGGAGAGCAACCACCUCCAAGUACAUACCACUUCUUUGGAGAAUACAUGCCCGCCAGCCACGUGAGGCCGUGGAGGGCAUCCCUUGCCAUGUGCUACAACUGCAUGGGAAGUGGCCAUGUAGCUAAAUACUGCAAAGACAAGGCGCGCUGCGCAGCAUGUGGAGAACAACAUACUGCCAAGGAGUGUCCUCGCAGUGCAGCAGGAGAAGAGAGUACUGCAGAAGCACCAGCUUUUGUCCCAUCAUGCUUCAGGUGUGGGAUGACAGGUGUGACUGCCAGGCAUUGGGGGUGCACGCCAGAUGUUGUGACUGCAAGAAUCAGGCUUGGAGAUCUCUUCACCUACACGAGCGGAGUGGCUCUAAUGGACCUUAUUCUACCUGGUGAUACCCGUUGA